AGAAUCUGAACCGGAAGUUGUUACAAAGUCAGGGGCAAACGGAGGAGCUAACGUGCUGGACUCCAUUUCUCCUAGAAAAAUCGACCUUUUGUUGUGAUUUUCUGGUUGAUUCUCUGCCAUAUUUGGUUACGGUAAUCACAACAAUGAUUAUCCCGGUCAGGUGCUUCACUUGUGGGAAGAUUGUGGGCAACAAAUGGGAAGCUUACCUUGGCUUACUUCAAGCAGAAUACACUGAGGGUGAUGCACUUGAUGCCCUGGGCCUGAAGCGGUACUGUUGUCGAAGGAUGCUGCUGUCUCAUGUGGAUCUUAUUGAGAAAUUGCUGAAUUAUGCGCCGCUUGAAAAAUAACUCCAAGAACUUUAAGGACUGUGGAGGGUCUGGUUUUGGGUGUGGAAUUGUUUAAUGGCUAUUCAGUUAUGUUUUUCUUUUUUUAAAUAAAGUAAUUUAAAAAGUCU